GCAGUACUCCUUGAGAGAAACCGGCCGCACCCUUCCUGCAUACCAUUGCCUUUAGAAAAAGGAAAGGUGUGAAAAGGGAAAAAUAGCCUCAGACUCUCCCACCGGUCACCUUGGCGUGAGAACUGCGGGGCUUACCUGGUCGCAUGAAACCUGCAGUUUCGGCCCAACCCCUGGGACACAGACCGCCCCACUUGGUGACCAUUGGGCCAUAUAUGGUAAUAUGCAAGCGUGGGAAAGCGAUGUGCAGAUUUGGGGAUAAAUACCCAUCGCACAGUUCGCUCUAGUAGGUCUUCCCAACACACGUACCACCGUGCGCAUGCCGUCUCGUAUACUUCCAAGUGCUGCCAGCCUAAUCAACCGACCAGCCACCUCCCCCGACUCUCGGGCGUAACCAAGGCCUUCGCAACCGAACCGAUAUCUGUGAAAUGUUCCAUGUGCUGUGUAAGUUGAUGCUGUUCAUGACCCUACCAUCCGGAGAGGGCCAGAAAAGUGUCACCAACACCGUGAAGCUUUGGGCCACUGCAUAUGCGGUCACCAGCAACCUCACCGAUUGCAUCGUCUGCACCCGCACCAUACUCUCAGCCGCUGACGCGCCGUUUUUAGUCCGGCCCAUUUUCCUAAAUAUGUCGGACCCGCUUAACGGGACCGACUGGGGCUUGGAUGCGCGCCGACAGCUGCGCCCGAUUUCCCGGGCUCCCACCCUUACCACCCUCUCGAUUCACCCCACCUUAGCCCCACCAGGCACGUUCUGUUGGGAGUUCCCUCCCCCAGUGGUAGCUUCAUUUCGUUGCCCCGAAGAUCCUAAGCACCAGCCUGUUUUUGUUGGUAAUCAGUCAGGCUGCACCUGGAUCCUUAGUCCGUAUGGACUAUUUAACAGCUCCGGCAGUAACGUCACUUCUCGGUUUGUUAAUGUCCCGGACCACAGUUUCCCACCCAACCUUACUUCCAUUGCCUUUAUUUCCCCUGAGGAAAACGCCUCAUGGGCAUAUCCCUUUAUCUCUGCUAAUGCCAUAUUUAGGGAACUUGUUAACCUCUCUAUUUCUUGCAUUCGUACGGAAACCAAUGGCCACGAAUACGGUGACCCGGUUCCCAUUCCCUGGUAUUGGGGCAAUGAGGACGAGUACGACCUCACUACCUUUCUAAUGGACCACCAAAAGCCAAACACACCGACUUUUUCGAAGCUCAAUGCACUCCGCCCUGGACACUUCUGGAUUUGCGACAACCAAGCCCACGCCACCCUUCCUGCACACGCCAUAGGACGCUGCACCCUUGGCUACGUCCAAAUUGAGGGAGGAGGCAUCUAUUCCUACGCGAGAGACGAACAUCCCCGCUUCACUCAUCGACAAAAACGCGGAUCUUGGGACAUUUGGAAGUCAAUUGAGGGCUGGUUUAGUAAAACAGCACAGGCUGUGGUCACAUUUAACCCCGUAGGCAAUUUGCUUUUGCAAGAGGAAGUUCGAGCCCUUGGCAUUAGCAUUGAAAGAUUUGGCAAUAAGACUGCUACUGCCUUACUUCUUACUAAUCAAAAGGUAGAAGAAAUGCGCGUGUAUGUAAUGCAAAACCGUUUAGCUUUAGAUUAUUUGUUGUUAAAGGAAUCAGGUUUUUGUCGUUGGUUAGGCAACAGCUACCCUCAGUUUGCAGGUAAAUGUUGUAUGGAAAUUAAAUCUAUUGAGCAAAAUGUAACACAGAUUAUUGAUGAUAUCGAGGAGGUUGCUAAGUAGGCCAGAGAGUCUGUUUCUUGGUGGGAGAACAUAUUCGGCUGGGUCCCUUCCAUAUUUGGCCUUGGGGGAUUAAGACAAUUUUUCUGGUCCCUUUGUGUCAUAUUGCUGGCUGUUAGCUUUGUCCUGUGCUUGGUUUGCGGCAUUGUUAAAAACUUCACGAACCGCAUCUCCGCCCUACCUAUCUCCACGCCCGAACAAGAGGGGCUGCUUGCCUUUGAGGAAGCGGAGACGGACGAGGAGGUGGAGGUCUAGGUCUUCCCAGACGCGGCCAUGGCCACGGGGGCAUGUCAGAGAAAAGAAACUGCCCCCCACCCCCAGUAAAAAAGUUUGGCCAGGCCGCUCUUGUUCUGCAGUACUCCUUGAGAGAAACCGGCCGCAC